CCACAAACGAGCUCCCUCAACGGAAGAUACCACUCUGCUUUGCGCAAGCGGUCCUACGGCACCAAUGAAGCACAGUCGAGACAGCUCUUCAGCAGAUACUGCACACCCACCAAAGCGGCACACCUCUGGCACGCACUUACCUGAUAAUGUAUCGCCAGUCGCAACACCGAGUGGUAGUGCAGCACUACGGAAGCUAAACAAGCAAUAUCAGCUCAAUUUUCAUAACGACUGUAACAAGGCCCUGGAGCAAGAUGCUGAGGUCGAUCUUGGGCCUCUCUUCAAUAGUUAUCGCCUAAAAUACUUACGUUUGAGGGGGAUACUUCAAGAUCAACGGAGUCAAAGCGGUCAAAGUGGUCAAGAUGAUUCGCUUUCGCAGAGUCUCCCAUCGAACAAACAUAUCAAUCGCUCACCGCAUUGCACCUCCGCAGUCAUCACGCAUCCACUCGAUCCUCAAGUGAAAGCAGUAAUGGAGAGCGAAAUACUCAGGGAACCGGCAGGGAAAUCUGACGAGCAGAUCAUGAUGUCCAAAAUCGAUGCAAUGGUGAAGAGGGGAAAGAAGCUAUCCGCCUCUGGUGGACGGACUGUGACGCAAAUCCACUCCAACAUUGUUGUCAAGACUGGUCAGGGACUAGACCUCAAUGAAGUGGCCAUUAUGGAGCACAUUCACCGGGUUUCGAAGAGUUUUCCUUCGCCCCAACCUCUAGGAUCAAUAACCUACAACGGCAUGACACAUCUUUUCAUGACGUUUAUCGAAGGGACUUCUUUACAAGAGCUAUGGCCAUCUCUUUCAGCGGAUCUGAAGACGUCUGUUCGCGAUCAGCUAAACACCAUACUCAAAAAUCUCAGAAGUUUACCGUUACCAUCUUCACAGCUUGGUAGUGGCGACCCUCCUAGAUGCAAAGACGUUAGGAGAUCAGUUCGCUGCAGUUCCGUGCCAAUCCAUAACGAAGAUGACUUCAACAACUUCCUUCUGUCCACGAUGAAACCGAGAAUCGCUCAGACUUAUAAGGAAUUCGUACGAACAACGUGUCUACAUUCACGUCAUCGAAUCGUCAUGACCCAUGGCGACUUCCAUCCAAGGAACAUUCUAGCAGAGCUUCAUGAUGGACACGUCAAGAUAAAGGGUAUCGUUGACUGGGAGGCUGGGGGCUCAUACCCAGAAUACUGGGAGUAUGUAAAGUCCCUCAAUACUAUGUCUUCAGUUGAAGAGGAUGAUUGGUAUCAUUAUCUACCCGUGAUAGGGAUGGGAGAGUAUUGUAACGAAUGGGCGAUGGAUUUAUUACUUGAGACGCUUGUUACAUGAGAAUUGAUAGAACACAUCCUCGUGCUAGAACUUUUCCGCUUGGUUAAGCUUUAAGCCUACGUAUCGUGUAUGCUCUCGAGGUAGCCCUUGAUCGCCGCGUGCUGAUAGUCAUCAAUGAUAUCAUCCAAAUUUGCGGCUUCGAGUAC